AAACUAUCUGCGCAUGCGCUACAUCCAGACGUCUCAACCAGGUCUCAACCGGUGAGACUGAGAGGACGACGGGAAAUAAUUCACCAUCUGGUCCAGCAGAAAACACGAGCAGGUCUCCAUGGCCCAGUUCGGGGGGCAGAAGAACCCUCCAUGGGCGGCCCAGUUUGCCGCAACUGCGGUAUCACAACCAGGCCACUCCGGACAGUCCCUGGACCUGAACAGUUUACAUUCUUUAGGAGUACAACAGCCGUCCCUCCUGGGAGCGUCUCCGAUGUACACUCAGCAGUCUUUAGCUGCAGCCUCCCUCAACUCACAGUCAGCUGCCAACUAUCAGCUGUCGCAGCAGACCGCAGCACUCCAGCAACAGGCCGCCGCAGCCGCUGCCGCUGCAUUACAGCAGUCGCAGAUCAAUUCAGCUCUGCAGCAGUAUCAGCAGCAGCAGCAACAACAGCAGCAGCAGCAGCAGCAGCCACCUCAAGGCCCCCCGCCACAACCUCCACCUCAAACCCUUUACAACGUCCCACAUCAGCUUCCACAGCCCCAACAAGCCCUGCUAUCACAGCCCCCUGUUGCCUUGCCCACCAGUCUGAGCCUGUCAAACCAACAGCAGACGGCGCAGAUAACCGUGUCCUACCCGACCCCCCGCUCCAGCCACCAGCAGCAGACCCAACCCCAAAAACAGCGUGUUUUCACCGGGGUCGUCAGCAAGCUACAUGACACUUUCGGCUUUGUCGAUGAGGAUGUCUUCUUUCAGAUCAGUGCUGUUAAGGGGAAAACACCCCAAGUCGGUGAUCGUGUUCUGGUGGAAGCGGUCUACAAUCCCAACAUGCCUUUCAAAUGGAAUGCCCAGCGCAUUCAAACUUUACCUCAGCUGCACAACCAAACGCACCAGCCGCCUCAGCCCUUACCUCAGGUUUCCCCACAGCUGUCCAGCUUUUACUCUGAUGCAGGAAUGCCACGCUACUCUGACAUGCAUUCUGCGGUGGAUUCAAGACAAAAUAGCCAGCCGCCGAACAUGAUGAAACCAGGUCCCACCAUGAUGCAGUCUCUACCCCCGCCCACCACGUUCAACGUCCCGGCCCAGGGACCUCCUCCGUCUCUUCUGCAGGCCCAGCUCUCAGCUGCCUCUCUGGCCCCACUGCUGCAGAACCCACCUCAGCCACUGCUUCCCCAGCCACCACCUAAAGACUCCGUGUUCUCAGGGGGUUUGCUGCAGCCCCCAGUGCGGAUGAUGCCACAGCCACAACAAAUGAGGCGUGUGGACCCCUCACCCCGCUUCCCCAGCCGCAAUGAACGACCAGAACUCAUCCUGAGGAAGGACGACCGCAGUCGGGAAAGAGAUAGAGAGCGAAGAAGAUCAAGAGAACGUUCACCCACAAGGAAACGUUCGAGAGACCGCUCUCCUCGCAGAGAACGUUCUCCAAGACGGCCACGAAAAGUCGUCCCAAGAUAUACUGUGCAGUUCUCCAAAUUCUCUCUUGAUGGUUUCAACUGUGAUGUGAUGGAGCUACGGCGGAGGUAUCAGAGCCUCUACAUCCCUAGUGACUUUUUUGAUGCUGUGUUUACCUGGGUGGAUGCCUUCCCGUUAUCUCGACCUUUCAACUUUGGAAACUACUGUAACUUUCACAUCAUGCAUAAAGAGGUGGACUCUCUUGUGAAGAACACGGCCGUGCUUGACCCACCUGAUGCCAAUCACACCUACAGCGCAAAAGUGAUGCUGUUGGCCAACCCUAGUCUAGAUGAGCUGUAUCAUAAGUCCUGUGCUCUGGCAGAAGAUCCAGCAGAGCUGAGAGACGCCUUCCAGCACCCUGCCCGCCUCAUCAAGUUCCUGGUGGGGAUGCGGGGCAAGGAUGAGGCCAUGGCCAUCGGGGGUCAUUGGUCUCCCUCUUUGGACGGGGCCGACCCGGAAAACGAUGCCUCUGUCCUUAUAAAGACAGCCAUUCGUUGUUGUAAGGCUCUGACAGGCAUUGAUCUGAGUUUAUGUACCCAGUGGUAUCGUUUUGCAGAGAUACGCUAUCACCGCCCUGAGGAGACUCACAAAGGGCGGACAGUCCCCGCACAUGUGGAGACAGUGGUUUUAUUUCUCCCGGAUGUUUGGCAUUGUCUUCCUACCCGCUCAGAGUGGGAGGGGCUGUCCCGUGGACUCAAGGAGCAGCUGGCAGAGAAACUCUUGGCUGAACGGAAGGAGGCUGAUGGAGAACAGGAGGAGGAGGAUAAGGAUGAAGAUGAUUUAAAAGAAGUCACUACGCCAACUCACUGGACGAAGCUUGAUCCUAAAUCCAUGAAGGUCAAUGACUUGCGUAAGGAGUUGGAGAGCCGUACACUGAGCUCUAAAGGGCUGAAGUCACAGCUGAUCGCUCGCCUCACUAAACAGCUGAAGGUGGAGGAGCAGGUGGAGGAGUCCAAGGAGCCGGAGAAACCUGAACCUCCUAUCGUGGAGGAGGAUGAGUCCUGCAGAGUGGAGGAUGACCGAGAGGAAGAGGAGCGAAAGCGACAGGAGGAGCAGGAACGUCAGCGCAGGGAGAGACGUUAUGUUCUGCCAGAUGAGCCCACCAUUAUCGUCCAUCCCAACUGGGCUGCCAAGAAUGGCAAAUUUGACUGCAGCAUCAUGUCCUUAAGUGUGCUGCUGGACUACAGACUGGAGGAUAACAAAGAGCACUCCUUUGAGGUGUCUUUGUUUGCUGAAUUGUUCAACGAGAUGCUUCAACGAGACUUCGGCUAUAGGAUCUACAAAGCAUUUGCUUCUCUUCCUAGCAAGGAUGAGAGGAAAGAUAAAAAAGAGAAAGGUAAAAAAGAGGCAGAACGGAGGGAUGUAAAGAAGGAGAAGGAUGAAGAAAAUGGAGAGCCGGUCACAAAGAGAAUGAGAGAGGAGGAUGAGAAGAGGAAGGAUGAGGAGAAAGAGAGAGGUAUUAAGAGAGAAGAAUCCAAAGAUGAUGAUGAUAAUGAAGAUGGCAGCAGCAACAACAACGCUGAUGAAUAUGACCCCUUGGAGGCAGAAGAAGCAGAUGACUAUGAUGACGAUGAUAAAGAUGACGAAGACUCCAAUGGCAGGGACAGAAGAGACGAUCGUCGGGAUGACCGAAAAUCCAAAGAGCGAUCUUCCAAAGAUAAAGAUGAGAAGAAAAAGCAGAUGGUGACGUUUAACAAGGAUCUGCUGAUGGCCUUUGUGUACUUCGACCAGAGUCACUGCGGCUACCUGCAGGAGAAGGACCUGGAGGAGAUCAUGUACACACUGGGCUUGCAUCUCUCCAGAGCUCAGGUGAAGAAAUUGUUGAACAAACCAUUGGUUAAAGAGUCCUGCCAUUAUCGCAAGCUGACGGACAGGCCCAAGGAUGAGCCUAGCCCCACAUUGACCUCUGAUGCUCAAAUAGACAACCUUUUAGGUAACCAAAUCUUGCUGCCCGGUCAGAAGGUCAAGCGGGAAUCGGAGGAGAGUGGUGGGUCAGGUAGCCUGAUCGACUACAAGGGAGCCAUGGUGGACGUGGGAAGCAUGAUGCAGAAGCUGGAGAAGAGUGAGAAAACCCGAGAGGAAAUUGAGCAGAAGCUCAUGCAGCAGGACACUAAAAUGGAGGAGGUUUCAAAGCACACCUCAGAGCUAGAAGCGGCUAACCGCAGCCUUCAGAGGGAGCUGGACGAAGUGAAGAACAACCUCAGAGGGACCGAGAACAACCUGAGAUCAUCAGACCAGCAGAAAGGCAGCUUUAAACAGCAGCUCCACAGCACAGUGUCCAGCCUCGACACCAUCAUGAAGGAGAUUCAGGGGGUUUUAUCAAACGGUGACCCUUCAGAAGACUGUGACCAAAAAACUCAAGCUAAUGGCUCAGAUGAGUGAACUUUCCUCUCCAGCUCAUCCACAUAUGAUCUCCGUCUCCCUUCGAAUAUGUAAAUAAGCUUAAAACUAACACAAUAGUGAAGUUAAUUUAAUUUUUUUAUGUAGGUUUCUGUGUACAAAGUUUUAAUGACAACUCUCCUUUUCCUCAGAAUUCUGUAUUUAAAAAUACUUCUUUGACAAGUUAAUUUGUUCAGAAUCGAAUGAUUACAUUUCACAAGCUCAUGUUUAAAUAAUGUGUUUGAAUUAUGUAUACGUUUUUUGGCUACUUGUUAAUCUACUUAUGAUUUUUGGCCUUUUUCAACAGUUGCUAGUGAUUUUAACAUGUUUUGCUUUAUCAGCAUAUUUCCUUGUUGAAAUAAUGCAUAACUUGUGCCAGUACGUGAAUUAUUAGCAGAGUUUAUUUAGCAAUAAAAGUGUUAUUUAUGUUUAAAUCAAACUGAAAUUAGGAUUUUAUUAGGAUCCAUAAGGAGCUGCUUUUUGAUUCCUUUUCAUUCUUCCCAUGACAAACGGUGAUAUGUUUUGUUAAAUAUAACUUUUGUUUGUUUUGGUCUCAUCUGCGCAUGCAUAUCAGUUUAAUUCCUGAAUAAUAUUCUUUCAGACUUAUUUGUUUUAUUUGAUUUGAUCUUGAUGCUUCAUUCUAUGAUCUCUGUGUAAUCCUACCAGGGUAGCUUUAUGUGAAUGGGGCCAUGUUCUUUGUUAUUGCAAACAAAACCAAGGCAGUUACCCUGUUAAAGAUGCGCUGACUGAGGUCCUGUCCAUUCUGAGUCCUGGGUACUUUAUAUCCGAGUGAUUGUAAUGUGUCAGAAUAGUGCGAGUUGGAUACUGUGUUUUUCCAGUAGUGUGUUUAUCUGGGAUUGUUUGGAAGGCAGUGAAUUCUUUAGUUUUUUAUGUUUUUCCUGUUGUCGGCCCACUAAAGAGCAGAAUGAUUACAGUGGGUGGUUUCUGCUGAGUGGAAAUGAGCCCAAAGCAACCAAGUGCACAUUAUUUUUCUAUUCUGGAUGUACUUUAUGGUUGUCCCAGUAAAUGAAAAUAAAUAAAGUGCUUCAUUUUAACAUUUCA